AUGAGCAUGUUCAAGUCCCAUUGCGAAAAAGCUCCCACCGAUGAUUCACAUCUACCCAAGGGUGGUUGCAGGUUCAUUUUGCUUCAACCCGAAUCAAAGCAGUUGCGAUGUGCGUGCGUUGGUUUUGCAUCAAAUCGAUCCAUCCCAGGAAGUUCGUGUCAUUGCGGGCACCAGGCAGUAUAUCACAUUUCAACCGCAGAAUCCCCUGAUAGAGAAGAAGUCGAUGCCAUGAAGCUGAGGAUUAGUACUCUCGAGGAAGAGCUGGACCGAGAAGGACGUAUAGGGAAAGGUGGCUUGUUCGAUCGGCUCAUACGAUUAGAAGAGCUUGUGGAAAAGGGAAACUCAGAACGCGAGGUGGAAAUACGGAGUGUUCACCGUGGUAUCGGCGGUAUUUGGCAGAAUAUUGAACUCUUAAACAAGCGUACACCAUAUUACGAUGAUCGAAUCGAGGGGUUAGUGGAUGACAUCCAUGGGAUUCAUGCUAGGAUGAUCGAGGUCGACGAUGCAUCGAUGAGAUUAGAAGAUAGAGUCGAUGCUCUUGAGAAUGUCUCGAAACGGAUUUACAUGACUCCAAAGCGGCCUCGACGAAGAAAAGCAUCUACACCUCCUGUUACUAGUAUAGAGAACACGAUCAAAGAAUCGACAGAGUCCUGGCAGAGUGGUGUUUUGGGAGAUUUGACAAUGCCCGUAAAUGGUUGUGCAUCAGGUCAGGAAUUCCCGGAAAGAGAUCUUUCGGGUGAUCGGUGCGGAACCCAUUCAUGGACUGUACACAUCUCCCUCAUGCCUACGUCAUCUCUUCCUUUCCCAUUCGAGAAGGACACGACAGCUUACAAACGAUGCCUUUCUCGAGGGUUGCAUCGAAAAAUAGUUGUGCGCGACAUGAAUAGUGAUUCCUUCGAGGAGGCUGUGAAUGCUGCUUUUGCGCCAGUAUUGAGAGGAAGACCUUGGCAACCACUCGUGGCUAAGAUUUGUGAUGCUGGAAAUGUAAGAGGCCUUCCGAUGCUUCGACAACUAGCUACACAGCUGAUCUUCAGUGAUUAUGAUGUUGAAUUCUUGAAGAAACAUUGCGCCGUCCUUGACGAAUGUGGCAGAAUUGAAGACUUAUACAUCGCUAUGCUCGAAGGUACAAUAACCUGGGUCGAACUUCGCGAGCUUGAGCCAUUCCUCCCAGGAUUAGAAUCUGCAUGGUCCCACGACACAUUUCUAGAUGGGCCGCGGUCAGAUACACCGCCUAAAGCAUCAAAAGGUGAGCGUAAUGAAGCCACGGUUUCUGGAAAGAGACCAGCGGGUGAUAUGUUUUUAUCAUUGCCAGCUAUUAGGAAUUCGCCAUCAAGUAUGGAGUUGAAGAGAAAUGCAUCAAGGAUCUCAAGAACCCCAAGCUUCGGCUCAUCAACGGAGGGACAAAAUUCUAGGAUAAAAUUGAGGCAACUUUGA